GUCUAGAUCGGGAGCGCAGAGGAGGCGCGGGGAGCAGGCGGGACGCUCCUCCUGUCCCUCCUUUUCUAAUGGGGCUGGCUGGGGACGAGGGGCGGCUGUUUAUUCCCUUGGACGCGAGCCCCGGCCCCCGCAUCCCUGCACCCACGCCAGCCCCGCCGGGGCGAAGCGGAUCCCGGCGAUCGCGGCCUUUGGGCUCUGGAGAAAGUCGCCUGCCUGGAGCUCUCUCGGACCUCCUUCCAGGACCAGUUGCAUAGUCAGGAAUAAAAAUGCAGGCGACCACAAGCUCUGAGCUUCCAGGGGAGAAAAUGGAGGAAGGAGGAAGAGACUCUCACGUUCUCCAGGAGGGCUGUGUUGGAAGAACUCCAUCCUGUGUGGAUCCCCUGCAGAUUAAAGGAGAGCCAGAUGAGGAGUCGGAUUCAGAAGUUCCACGGCAAAAUAUCCAGAAGGGAAUUCAUUCAAAAGAAAGUCAACCUCAGCUGCCUGGAUCUGAAGAGCAGCAUGACUGUAAUUCUUCUACCACAUUGGCAGAGGCCGCUGCUCGUGCCAGCCCAGGGCUUAGCGGAAUGGGUGUGUCUGAAAUCCUGCCAGACUUUAGUAGGAAAGCUCGUGCCAUCUCUGAAAGCGUGGAUUCUUCUCUGAAAGCUGGAGAGGGAGUACUAGACCAGGACAAGAUCAACGCGGAGCGACCGUGCCAGCGAUUCAGGCACUUCCGCUAUCAGGAGGCUGAGGGACCCCGAGAAGCCUUUGGACACCUCCAGGAUCUUUGCCAUCAGUGGCUGAAGCCUGAGAGUCACACGAAGGAGCGGAUUUUAGAGCUGGUGAUCCUGGAACAGUUCUUGGCGAUUCUGCCGCCAGAGAUGCAGAAUUGGGUUAGGGAAGACAACCCAGAGACUUGUCCCCAAGCGGUGGCCCUCGCAGAAGAUUUCUUGCUGUGGAAGGAGGAAUCGGGCAUGCAAGAAGAGCAGACCAAUUCCUCUAAAGUAAAACAGCCUUUGUCGGAAGCAGGAAAGGAGGCAGCUGAGCAAAGGGCUGAUCGGCAGAUCCACUUGUUCGAAAUGGCUGAACAUGAAAGGAAGCCAUUUGCCAAAGGAAUUUCUCAGCUGAUGGAACUUACUGGAGUUUCGUUUGGUAAAGCCAAGCAAGAAGUUUUCUUCUUUCCCCCAAUGGGAAGCGUGCCAAAAUGUCAGCAGGAGACAGAGAGGAAGGAAGGAAGGCCCUUAGGCCAAGGAGGAGCAGAAAAACCUCCCUGUGAGAAAGAGGAUGACAAAAUCUUCAACCAAAACAUCUGGAAGAGAAGGCCCAGGGAAAAUGCUCAUGACCUUCCUAAGUAUCAGAAAAUGGAAGCUGAAAAAAAGCCUUCCCAACAUAAUGAAGAUGGUGAAGGUUGGGAGUCGAGUUCUGAGCACAACAACCAAAUGAGAAUAGAAUCAACCAUGGCUGGUCAGGAUGGGUUGAAUCAAAAGGUUCAUCAAAGUAAUCUGCAGAGAAUCCCUGUUGGAGAGGAACCAUACAAAUGUUCUGAAUGUGGACACAAUUCCAGUCAGACCUUAGCUCUGAGGGGAAGUAGUCUUUGUAUAUGUUUGAACUGUGGUAAAAGCUUUAUUUCCAGUUCAGCUCCACGAAAGGAAGAGAAUGCAUGCAGUAAAGAGAACCCAUCUAAACAUUUGGAACAUGAGAAAAGGACUCCACAACCUCCUGAUCUUCAGACAGGAGAGAAACCAUACAUGUGCACAGAUUGUGGGAAAAACUUCAGCUUUAGGUCAAGUCUUGUCCGCCAUCAGAGACUCCAUACCGGAGAGAAACCAUACAAAUGUUUAGACUGUGGGAAGAAUUUCAGCCAGAGUUCAAACCUUCUGAACCACCAGAGGAUCCACACAGGGGAGAAACCAUACAGCUGCCCCGACUGUGGAAAAUCUUUCAGCAACAGUUCAAGCCUUACAUCCCACGAGAGAACUCACAAAGGAGAGAAACCAUAUAAAUGUGCUAGCUGUGGGAAAUUUUUUAGUUGCAACUCAGUCCUCCGAAUCCACGAAAGGAUUCACACAGGGGAAAAGCCGUACGUAUGUUUGGAGUGUGGGAAAAGCUUUAGCCGGCGAGAAUUCCUCAUUGGCCACCAAAGAACUCACACAGGGGAGAAGCCGUACGAAUGCGCAGAAUGUGGGAAGAGCUUCAGUCAGCGGUCAAACCUGAUUAAUCAUCAGAGAAGCCACACAGGAGAGAAGCCAUUUGAGUGCUUGGACUGCGGGAAAAAGUUCAGUCACAAAGCGUCCCUCUUGAAACACGAGAGAAACCACGCACAUGGGCCAACCGUGGAAAAGGUUUCAGCCAGAGUUGACGCCACGGUGCGUGUGGUGGAACACAACUAGGCAGCGUAGCAUAAACAUGGGGUAGAUUUCCUCAAGUGUUGUCAACAAGCAGAAACUCCACAUAGGAAUGACACCAGAGUUUGUUAGAACCGCCUUCCUUUGAAGCUAGCAAUGGUUUCUGCCUAAAAUAAGACAGAAGGAGGAGUUCACAGAAUUGCAGUGAUGAAGACGCAAAUGUUGUGGAUAGGCCAAACUUCCCCUUACGUUCUCUCUGUUUCCAGUGUCUAAUUGUGGCAGGUUUUUUGCAUCCAAAAUGUCACCUGUCUGGCCCAGAAGAAAGGUAUCUGCAAGCUUGAAACGCUGGGGUUUGCAGAGGUGCAAAAAAUUGAAAUAAAUGAAAUAAAUUCCCCCAAAAAAGAGACCAGUAAAGGCUGAACAUGCUCAGUAACCCCUGAGAAGAUGGGUGGGACGGAUAAUGCAAUGGUGUACCCUGGAAAAGAGCAUGGCUGACUGGAUUGUCACUAGUUCUUGGUGUUCCUAAUUUUUGCCACAUCCUCGAACGGGAUUCAUGGGACGGGUGUCACAGGAAGCUCCUUUCAAACUUGUUGCUGCCGCCAGAGAGAAUGAUCUGUCGCUGGUGCCAUUCAGUAUCUCCAUCAGCCUUCCUCAACCUGUGGCCCUCCAGAUGGGUUCGAAUGCAGCUCUUAGAAUUCUGGGAAUUACUGUCCAGCAGGGGAUUUCUGGGAGCAGCAUUCCAGAAUGCAUUUGGAAGGAGGGCAUCAGGUGGGGAAAAGUAUGGAUGCCAUUCUAUGACCUUGGCAGGUACAGAUGCCUCUUACGUUCCUCAGCUGCCUGCAUGUUUAUUGCUCCUUUUGUGGAAAUGCAACAUAUUGGACAUGUUUAACCAAAGAGUAUCUGGUCACUCCCUUUAUUUAAUACCCAACAAUGUGCAUUUUUCCAGCUCUCUACUCACAGCCUAGAGAAAAAUAGAUCUACGUUAGGUGUAAACAGGCCGGCUAAGUCAGCCCAUGCUGGUCCAGGUGGCAAAGGGGAAGAAGUUUAUACUGGGUUAUGUAUCCCAUUCCACCCGCAUCCAGCUCCUUUGGCGUGCAAGGUUGUGGUUGUAGAAACUACUGUAUUUUACUGUAUUAUAUUUGGAUCCUGUCCUUCCAAAUGGAGAUACAGAGGAAGGAUGGCUUCCGUGCGUCUUCCAUUUUAUUGUCACCAGAUCCCUCUGAGAUAGGCUACACUGAGGUAACAACUGGUUUUGGCCGCCUUGGGAGCUUGAGUGAG